AUGAAGGUCCUCAUUGUCGGUGCUGGCUUGGGCGGUCUGGCUUGCGCGAUUGCUUGUCGUCAGCGCGGUAUUGACGUGGUACUUGUCGAGCGAUCACCUGAGGUCCGCGAAGUUGGGGCGGGCAUCCAGAUCCCCCUAAUGGAACUCGUGUCAUGCGGGAUCUGGGCCUUUUGCCUCAGCUACUCGAGAAAGGAAGUCAGGUCCAACAUGUGGACUUCCGCAGAUACAAGGAUGGCCAUCUUUUGCGAUCUAUGCCUUUUGGUGAUGGGAUUACGCAGGAAUUUGGAGCUCCAUGGAUUUGACUAUCAUAGAAUCCUUCUUGACGAAGCAAUUCGCCUUGGGGCUGUCCUCGUAUUGGGAGCUGAGGUAGAGAACCUUUGUGUGGAGACACCAGAAGUCGUUCUUGCGGACGGAGUAAAGCUGUCUGCGGAUGUUUUGAUUGGUGCCGAUGGCCAAUGGUCCACGGUUAGAAAUGCCGUUCUUAAAACGCCCGUAUCGCCAGUUGAGACUGGCGAUUUGGCCUAUCGAGCAACUUUCACACGAGAGCAGCUAGAAUCUCUGGGCGAUGAUAAGGUUAAUGAACUCAUUCAAAAGGUUGCUGUGACAAGCUGGCUGGGUCCCAAAAAACACACUAUAUUUUAUCCUGUUCGCGGUGGGCAGGAGUUUAAUCUUGUCCUAUUGAGACCAGAUGACCUGGCCGCAGGGACUCGAAGGGUUGAAGGAGAUGUCGAAGAGAUGCGAGAAAGCUACGCCGAUUGGGACGAGACAUUGCAGAAUCUGAUAUCCUGUGUGCCAACGGUAUACAAAUGGAAGUUGACAAGUCUCCCUGAACUUGAGACAUGGACAAAUGGUGCGGUUGCUCUGCUCGGUGACGCCUGCCAUCCUACUCUUCCCUAUCAAGCCCAAGGAGCGGCCAUGGCGGUUGAGGAUGGUGCAGUUAUCGGAAAUCUUCUUGGCUCCUUACAAGAUCGGAAUUUCAGCAAUGACCUCUCCGUGGUAACUUCGAUCCUCAACCUCUACGAGGUGGUUCGCAAGGCACGAACAACACGAAAUGUUCGCGGAGCUGUCAUGAACCGACAGCUUUUCCAUAUCGAUGAUGGACUCCUACAAGUCAUCAGAGAUUUCGCUCUGGGAUACGCGGGUGUUACACGCAAGAGUGACUGGACUUGGUUCUCAUCUUUCAGACAGCGACAAACGCUUGGAAAUGAUGUCUUAGAUGAAUGUGGAAAAGCCUUCCAGGAUUGGGAGGCAGUUUUUCUGCAGCAAAAGCGCCACAAUGGACGACACCAUUAA